CUACACAUUUCUACUUACUUUAGAAUCACACGCGCAGAUGCGCGGCAGUGUAUAAUUUGUGACGUAAAAGCGUAACCACAGUUGAAGAUGGCGGAGUACUUGGCCUCCAUUUUUGGUACAGAAAAAGACAAAGUAAAUUGUUCAUUCUACUUUAAAAUCGGGGCAUGUCGUCAUGGAGACAGAUGUUCUAGGUUGCACAAUAAGCCAACUUUCAGCCAGACCAUUGCCCUCUUGAACAUUUACCGUAACCCUCAAAACACUGCCCAGUCUGCUGAUGGUUUACGCUGCGCGGUUAGUGAUGUGGAGAUGCAAGAGCAUUAUGAUGAAUUCUUUGAGGAGGUGUUUACAGAGAUGGAAGAGAAAUAUGGUGAAGUUGAAGAGAUGAACGUUUGUGAUAAUCUUGGUGAUCAUUUGGUCGGAAAUGUGUAUGUGAAGUUCCGCCGAGAGGAGGAUGCUGAGAAAGCUGUGAUGGAUUUAAACAACCGAUGGUUCAACGGACAGCCUAUUCACGCUGAGCUUUCGCCUGUGACAGACUUCAGGGAAGCCUGCUGUCGCCAAUAUGAAAUGGGAGAGUGCACCAGAGGUGGGUUUUGCAACUUUAUGCAUCUGAAGCCUAUUUCCAGGGAGCUACGUCGGGAACUGUAUGGCCGCCGUCGGAAAAGACAUCGGUCUCGCUCAAGGUCCCGUGAAAGGCGUUCGAGGUCCAGAGAUCGUGGUGACCGAGGAGACCGUGGAGGCAGAGGUGGUCGUGAUCGUGAACGACGGAGAUCUAGGGAUCGUGAGAGAUCAGGUCGAUUCUGAGAAGUCAGGAGUGUUUCUCCACCUAGAAUAUGUUGUCUUACAAUUACCAAAAUGUUCAGUAUGUUGGAAUUGUAACUUUUUUUUUUUUUUUUUUAAAAAGCUUGCAUUCUCAAUAAAAACAACUUUGUAGUGAUUCCAUACUGUGUGUGUGGUUUCUCCCUUUCCCCUCCAGUGGGAAAACUAUGGAUCUGUCUUCUGUGAUUCUUCAUGUGUAUCGUGCAAGAAACUUAAGUGACAGUUAUUUUACAAAGUGUUUACAAACCAUUUGAUCUGAUAUUCCCCUUAGACUGCCCCUGGGGAUGCACGGUUUCCUAUUUCUAGUAGUUCUGUACAUUUUAACCUUAAGCCAUAGAUAAACACCACACACUCUGAGGUAGUGUCUUUACAGUUUGUAUUAAUGUUGGUACACAGCUGUGUUUUUUAUGAUUCAAUAUAGUUACAGAUGUCCAAUAAGAAUGAAUGUUUCCAGCUCUAUAAAUUGUUAUAUGAAGCCUAUAAAUUCCUGUAUUUUGAAUACAUUAAUAUUUGUGGUUGUUAGUGGCAGCAAUAUGCGCAAGUGUGUUCAUGUUUUCUCUUACGCAGUUUUGUGAAAUGCUACUGUACAACAUUUUAACUGAUAUUUUUACAACUUUAACUGGUCUCCCUUUGUCAGUUAAAAUAUUUAAUCACAUGAUUAAAUGUUAAAUACAUCA